UCGCGUUCUUGAGUAUUUUUUAGUAGAAUAUUUAUAUGCUUGUAAUAAUGUAUCAGAAUUUUUCAAAAUUAUAAAAGCUAUUGUAUUACGUUAAUUUAUCAAUUUAUUAAGCCACAUUUUCAGAAUUGAAAAUAUAUUAUAAAUUCAUUAUUUUUUUUAACUGUUAUACAUGAUCAUGUGCUAAAAUUGAGUAUAUUUAAGAAAGAUGUGCAGUAUAAAAUUGAUUGUUUACUCUCUCAUUGUAAUAUGUACCGUACAGUCACAGUACGGAAACGGAAUCGUUCAAGAAUCGCGAGAUGCACAGCGCAUUAAGAAAGGUUCCCUUUUCAUUGGUAAAAAUUCUUUCGAUAAAGGAAAUCUACUAUUUGCAGUCUGCGAGAAAAAUACAACAAGCGCAACGAAUUGCAACGUCGUGCAAAAGGUCUAUCCUAACUCGCAAAGCACUUAUUCUUGUUUUAUUACAAUAAAGGGUGAUUACGACGAAUCACGUUUGAACUUUCGUAUUGGCGUUGCGACACUGGGAAAAGAUAAAGCUAUUCUGUACUGGGGGGAAGAAUAUAAUGACUCGUUGAUCGCCAAGGUCGGUACCGUCGACUUGAAAACUUGCAAAAUGAAUCACAUCAGCAUACCAGAUCCUAGCAAGGAAGUGCUCUUGAAUUUGAUGUAUACGGACAAGAUUGUAGCGUACAGCGACGAUUCUUUUGACCUGUUCUACAAUGAUUCAAAACAAUGCCACGAUAAGCUCUGCAGAAUUCAAAUCCAUGCUAAUGGUACUGUCAAAGGUGAUCCAAUUGUUUCCGACAUACCGGGUGGAAUGGUUCAUUAUGUUUCGCCGAUCGCAAGUCGUUCAUCUUCUAAAGGAUACGUUUACUUGAAAAAGGAUCCCAUGGAAUAUAAUCUAUCAAUCGUAAAAGCUGAUGGAACUACAAAUCAACUGUCAACUUAUGUCAAUACGGCACGCCCUACUGUUUCGGUAAGCAAUGAUAUUAUAAGUGCAUGUACUAAACCUAGCGUCGAUAGCGACGUGAUUUGUACACAAUACGACGAAGACGGUCAAGUUAAAUUUAUGACAACCAUUCCCGAAAUAUAUAAAAAUUCUCAACCUAGAGCUCUAACUCAUUUACCGGAUGGAGGAAUCCUUGUACUGCUUGCUGAAUUCUCAAAUUGCGAUUAUCUACAAAAUUGUGACGAGGGUAAAUAUCAUAUGGUAAAAAUUGAUAAGAAUGGAAAGUAUAUAGGUAAUGCACCUAUCCGAGAUUUUGAUAACGUCAAUAACCAGUGGAAAUAUACUUUCGUAUAUAAGUUUGAUGAGUCAAAAUACUGCGCUUGUAUUAUAGGACAAGAUCCCGUCAUAGAUAACUUAAGACUGAGUAAUUUUGAAAUCAUUCAUAAUUGCGUUACAGAAAAAGACUUUUCAGCGUGAUGAGUUAUUAUUAUCCGGAAGUGUAAUUUUAAACGAGGGUAUUCAUUAAUUUAGUAGAUUUUUGUUAGAAAUAAGAAAAAUAUAUUCUAAAUUUAUCAACAUUUGUAAAGCUUUCCGAAGACAAACAAAUAUUGUAAUUAAUAAACAAAUUGUACGUUGACGAGCUAGUAAUAAAUGUAUUGAUCAC